AUGUCCGGUACGUCGCGCCGGACGCAUUUGCACAGACAGUGACGAUCGUACCAGCCACCGGAACAAACGCGAACGUGGGUGUAUUAUCAAGGCACCCCACGCCAUCGACGCGACUGUAUCGCACACAGGUCUCUUCGUCGAACUGUACGAGAAUAGACACAGAGACGGCAAGGUCGUGUCGCUGAGCAGCCUCGAGAGCGCGCGCGACGGCGCCGCUGACGUCGUCACACCACCGGAGCCUUCUCGGGUGUUGCGCGAGCGCCGGUCCUUCGCGGGCCUCGAGCCCCUCGCCACGGCGGCGCGGGGGCGGCCGAGCUACGCCACCGUCGAGCCGCUGCUCGAGCGCUUGUAUCCGCGCACCUUCGAGUGGAGCCGCCAGGCCGCGGACGGCGCGACCAUCACCGAACAAGCACCCCUCUUCGGCGACCUGAUCGACGCGGUGAAGUGGUACGCCGACCGCAAGGAGGGCGACGCCGGCGAGCCGCCGGACUUCGCACCCGGGACGAACGCGCGCCGGCGCACGCUCCCCAAGACGCCGCCGACGAGGCACGGGCGCUCCUCAAGGCUCCUGUCCGCCAUGUCCUUCCGGUCGACGCGGUCCCUAGCCGCCGCGUCCGUCGGCUCGGGCUCGAGCCGCUCGGCCACGUCGUCGAGGAAGUCCUACCUCGGCUGA